AUGUCCAACACCAUCACUAUCAUGACUGCGGGGGCGGAACACCCUAGGGAACUGAGCGCCUCUCUACGGACCUCGAGGGGCAGCAUUCCUUACUGGAACGUCAAUGUCCCAAAAUCUCAGUGGACGGUAGAAUGUCCUAGUUUCUUACAGAAUCAGUCCGAGAAGAAUAUCGGCAUUCUCUCAACCCCAGACGAGCAAUAUCAGAGACAAGGAUGGGAACUGGUACGGAAAAUAGUCGAAACCAACCGUAUUGAUCUCUUCCAACGCCUGCCCAGUGACUUGAGGAGAUAUCUACAAUUCAAGGAGCAGAUCGUAGCUAAGUAUGGCUCUAUAAUGCGAUUCGUGGUUAAGGAGCGGCUCGGCUGGGGAGAGGGAACUGCCGAAGACCUGAAGCCUAAGGGUCACCCGUUCGAGUACGAAGAGGAUAUGCGGAUUUUACACAACGACUGGCCAUACGGAUUGGAAGAAGGCAUAGUUCACCUAGUAGUAUGGACCAAAUUUGCGCUGGAAGACGACCUGGCGACAGACGAUUUGACGCCACGCGCAAGGCAAGAGAUUGAUGACUUUGUGAAACGGACGUUCUGCUCAAGGAUGCCACCGGAUCAGGUUGUCUGGUUCAAGAACUGGAGGUCGCUCAAGUCAGUGCAUGCUGUCGAACACUUUCAUGUCAUACUGCUUAACCCAGAUCCAGCAUUUGUCGACGAAAUCACAGGCGCAGAUGUGCCCUGGACAAUAAAUGGUCGCUGA